UCGGACUUUCAACUGCGACGUACGUGGCCAAAUAAUUGAAGAAUCAGAGCGCAACCGGUUCUUUUCCUUUCUCCCGGCGAGCAUUGGAACUCGUUUUAGUCCCAUUUGGACUAAAAUAACUUCGCAACUUGAACGUGUCUUGUCUGCGCGCGGACUUGCGUAGUAGUUUAGAAAAAAAAGAAAUUGUCAUUGACAAAUUCAAAUUUCAGAAAGUCUUUUUGGCUCUCGCUGUCAGUUUUUGUAGCGAUUUUCGAAAUUUUAUGUGUAUUUUUUAACAAUAAAUCGUGUUGUGUGAAAUUCUGGAGUAAUAUAAAUAGGUAAUAAAACAUGGCAUGUACAAAGUGUUUGCGUGCCGACGGCAAGCCGGUUAAAAUGCGAAAAGAAAAAGACACUAUGGGCGAACUAGACGUCCCAGAUGACAAGCUGUAUGGAGCCCAGACAGUCAGAUCCAUCAUGAAUUUCCCCAUCGGCGGCAUUGAAGAACGUAUGCCGUACCCCGUUAUCGUGGCUUUUGGUAUCCUGAAGAAGGCCGCCGCCAAAGUGAACAUCGAGUUCGGUCUUGAUAAAAAAAUCGCGGAUGCCAUAAUGCAAGCCUGUGACGACGUGAUCUCUGGAAAGCUGUACAAGGAGGGGCACUUCCCCCUCGUCAUCUGGCAGACCGGAUCUGGCACACAGUCCAACAUGAACACCAAUGAGGUGAUCUCCAACCGCGCCAUCCAGAUCCUCGGCGGCCAGCUCGGCUCCAAGAACCCCGUGCACCCCAACGACCACGUCAACAAGUCGCAGAGCUCCAACGACACCUACCCCACGGCCAUGCACAUAGCCGUGGCCAUGGAGCUGCGGGACAGGCUCAUGCCGGGCCUGGUCGCGCUGAGGGACACCAUGGCCGCCAAGUCUAAGGAGUUCAGCAAGAUCAUAAAGAUUGGCAGAACCCACUUAAUGGACGCCGUGCCUCUAACGCUGGGGCAGGAGUUCAGCGCGUACGAGGCGCAGCUCACGUACGGCAUCGAGCGCGUGUGCGCCACGCUCCCCCGCCUGCACUACCUGGCGCUCGGCGGCACGGCCGUCGGCACGGGGCUCAACACGCGCAUAGGCUUCGCCGAGAAAUGUGCCGCGGAGAUCGCUUCACUCACUGGCAUCCCCUUCGAGACGGCCCCGAACAAGUUCGAGGCGCUGGCGUCGCACGACGCCAUGGUGGAGGUGCACGGCGCGCUCAACACCGUCGCCUGCUCGCUCAUGAAGAUCGGCAACGACGUGCGCCUGCUGGCCUCCGGGCCGCGCUGCGGGCUCGGCGAGCUCAUGUUGCCGGAGAAUGAGCCUGGCUCUUCCAUCAUGCCUGGCAAAGUGAACCCGACGCAGUGCGAGGCGCUGACCAUGCUGGCGGCGCAGGUGAUGGGCAACCACGUGGCGUGCACUGUGGGCGGCGCCACCGGACACUUCGAGCUCAACGUGUUCAAGCCCAUGAUCGUGGCCAACGUGCUGCGCUCCAUCCGGCUGCUCGGUGACGGCUGCCAGGCCUUCAACAACGGCUGCGCCAAGGGCAUCAAGGCCAACGAGGCCAAGAUCAACCAGAUCAUGCACGAGUCGCUCAUGCUGGUCACCGCGCUCAACCCUCACAUCGGAUACGAUAAGGCGGCCCAAAUCGCCAAGACCGCGCAUAAAGAAGGAGGCACCCUCAAAGGAACCGCCAUCAAGCUGGGCAUCCUCACCGAGGAGCAGUUCGACAAGUGGGUCCGGCCCGAGGACAUGCUCGGACCCAAGUAGACAACUCAUCAUGAGAACGAGAUCCACGGAGGCUGCUGAGAUACUGGAGAGAACGUUCGAGUCAUGUGCCACUGAUGACUUAUAACUAAUAGCAAAGAGAAUUUUAAAUAGAGGUGGAUUGUCAAAGUAAACUUUGUAGCCACAGUAAAUUUACUGUCAUCUUUCGAUACAUAUUUAAAACUUUUAGAACGCCAUUUGAAUUUGAUCCUUAUUCUUUCACUGAUAUGUUAAAAUUGUUAAAUAUCAAAAAAAUUAAAUUAUAUAAAAAUAAAAUAUAUAUAUAAAGUGGCGCCAUCUAAUAGAUCAUGGGCCAAAGGAAUGGCGGCAUCGUUUCGAGCGAUGGCGCCAUAACCUUUGAGGUGUACCCGGUAUGAUGGCGCCACUUUUAAUAUUUAACAUAUUUAACACAUAUUAGUAAAAGAAUAAGGAUCUGUGCUUUUUGUUUCUUAUUUGACUGUACGUGAUUCAUUAAUAAAUAACUUGAUUAAAUCUAAAAAAAAUAAGGAUCAAAGUCAAAUGGCGUUCUAAAAGUUUUAAUCAUGUGUCGAAAGAUGGCAGUAAAUUUACUGUGGCUACAAAGUUUUCUUUUACAAUCCACCUCUAUUUCAAAUUCUCUUUGCUAAUAAGGAGGCAACACUGCGUAGGGGGCGCUACUAGCACAAACUGUAAACAAACCUUGAUGCAUCAAUGUCAUAUUUAUUCAUAACAAAUAAACUGUGUAAACUUAUCCAAAAAAACUGUAGUCGUGUAGUUGAGCUGUCAAAACUACAUCCACAUUUUGAAACUGCGUAACAAAGUAAGUAAUAGUACUACUGUACAGAAAAUAAACUUCCUACAAAACCGCAGUUUAAUAGCGAUUCAUGGACAAAUCAUGUUGUCCCUUUCUAUUGUAUAGCACUAUCCCUUUUGGCUAUUUAGGGUUGUCAAAAUUCAAGUCAUUUUAUCUGUGGUUGCGCACGCAAAAGGACGUCAAGUUCUGCCAACCCUAAUAAGCAAUACUGAGCCGAUCGAAGCUGAAAAUGGCGAAAGAAAGAAUCAGGGGGCCUACCGCGAAAAUCGAAAUUCGCUAAUUGCGGGGAUACUUCUCUUUUACUCUCAGUAAGAUGUAAUUAGAGUGACAGAGAAUAGUGCCCGCAAUUGACGAACUUCGAUUUUCGCGGUUAUAGCGCAGUUUCGCCCCACUGACUGCGUCGUAAAUAAAGACAUUCUCGAACAAUUACUUGCUAUUGAGUCUGAUGACUUUAGACGUCUAAUGAUAUCAUAGGCACAUUUUAAUUAACUGGAUACGAGCUAAGAGAAUUUGAAAUACAGGUGGAUUGUUAAAGAAAACUUUGUAGCCACAGUAAAUUUACUGCAAUCUUUCGACACAUGAUUAAAACUUUUAAAACGCCAUUUGACUUUGAUCCUUAUAUAUAUUUCGACGACCAGUUUGGCCUAGUGGGUUGUGACCCUGCCUACCAAGCUGAUGGUCCCGGGUUCAAAUCAUGGUAAGGGCACUUAUUCGUGUGAUGAGCAUGGAUAUUUCUUCCUGAGUCAUGGGUAUUUUCUAUGUAUUUAAGUAUUUAUAAAUAUUUACUUAUAUAUCCUUGUCUAAGUACCCUCAACACAAGCCUUAUUGAGCUUACUGUGGACUUGGUCAAUUUGUGUAAUAAUGUCCUAUAAUAUUUAUUAUUUAUUUAUAUAUAUAUAUAAAAGCUAUCAAAGGUAUGGCAGCAUCGUUUCGACCGAUGGCGCCACAGCUUUUGGCCUAUGCCCGGUAAGAUGGCGCCACUUUUUGAUAUUUAGCAAUUUAACACAUAUUAGUGAAAGAUUAAGGAUCAAAGUCAAAACGCGCUCUAAAAGUUUUAAUCAUGUGUUGAAAGAUGACAGUAAUUUUAGUGUGGCUAAGUUUUCUUUGACAAUCCACCUCUAUUUCAAAUUUUCUUCGGCAAUGAAUACAGUAAAUAGAAAGAGACUGUAAUACUUUGAUAAUCUCAAGGACUAGUUACACUAUUCCAGUAUUUUCGUUUUGUAAACAUCUUAUUAUAAAAUGUAAAUUAGGUAAUUUAUUAUCAUGAAUUUUAUGUAAAGAACUGUCAGGAUUGCUAAUUGUGGCAAAAAUAAAUAAAUGUGUUCGCAUUUAUAUUUAAUGUGAGUUAUUUCUCAGCUAUGAAUUAAAAUGAAAGUAGGAUUAAUCUACUUCAAUUUACUGGUUUGUUUUUUGGAGUAAAUAUUCGAAAAUAAUAACUACAACGACAAUUGUUCUGUAUUUGUACUUAAAUCAUUAUAUUGUACCUACAUUUCGAUUAUUUACAACUUAUUGUAUUGUACAUGUUGAUCCUCAUUUUGUUUUUUGUUUUUACUAUACAAAAAUAAAGAUAAUAAUUAUUUGUAAGCAAUAUAUUUGUAUAAGUUAC